GAACUGCGAACCGCUUGCCAAUUUAACUAACAUAAUUUGCAACAAUAAAAUUAGGUGUUGCAUUAUUGUGUCUGCAAGAGCUCUGGUGUGACGUCAGGUGAAUGAGAGCUGCUGAGAGAGAAAAAGAGAAACGCGCAGGCGCACAGGCUCACCCCUCUCGACAGGCAGGCAGGCAGGCAGUGCAUCAUCCUCACCGAUCAGUGAGUCCAAGUGUACCGUUUUUGAGCCAGACUACCUAGACAGACAGCCCACAGAAUAGCACUCAGCAGCCCGAACCUGAAGCAGAAGCGAUCCCACCAUGUCAGCAGGAGGAGACUUUGGGAACCCUUUAAGAAAAUUCAAACUUGUCUUUCUUGGAGAGCAAAGUGUUGGGAAGACGUCUCUGAUCACAAGGUUCAUGUACGACAGCUUUGACAACACAUACCAGGCAACAAUCGGAAUUGACUUCCUUUCAAAAACCAUGUACCUGGAAGACCGAACAGUACGGUUGCAGCUGUGGGACACAGCCGGCCAGGAGCGCUUCCGGAGUUUGAUUCCCAGCUACAUCCGCGACUCCACUGUAGCAGUGGUAGUCUAUGACAUCACAAAUGUGAAUUCAUUUCAGCAGACUUCCAAAUGGAUUGAUGAUGUCAGGACAGAAAGAGGAAGUGAUGUCAUUAUCAUGCUUGUGGGCAACAAAACAGACCUUGUGGAUAAGAGGCAAAUUACAAUUGAAGAGGGAGAGCAGAGAGCUAAAGAGUUGAGUGUAAUGUUCAUCGAGACCAGCGCUAAAACCGGCUACAAUGUGAAACAGCUGUUCCGGCAAGUGGCAGCAGCACUCCCUGGGAUGGAGAGCAUGCAAGAGAAGACCAAAGAGGACAUGACUGACAUCAAGUUGGAGAAACCACAGGAGCCCCCAGCCAGCGAAGGAGGGUGUUCUUGUUAAUACACAGCACCGGAUUGGCUAGCGUCAUUUUAAACCACAUGCUUGUUGUGUUGCUUCCUAUUGGUUAGCUAUCAGUUGACUUCUCAGAUUGAUUAUUGACCAUAGCUUGGACCAAGUGUUACUUACAUUUUCAGUUGUAAAAUAAUGUACUUUACUAAAAAUUUCAAAAUUGACAAAAAAUAUAUUUUAAAACGUUAAAGAAGUGCACAAGCUUAGAAGAUGUGCAUACAACUUUGUUGAAUAACUAGGUAUAAUCUUUGUUUUGUAUUUUUGUAUAUUUAAGGAAAAACACUAAAAUGAUGCAGAUAAAAUGAACUUCCAAUGUAAU